UUGCCCGCAUUAUUGUCCAAAUGUGACGCUAUAGAGAAUAGAGAUAUAGUGGCAAUUGCACAGCAUGACGUAAUCUCAAUAUCCGUGUGUUCUACCCACUGUCAGUGCUAUAUAGUGACUCGUUACCCUAGUGACGUCAUCUUGCCAUCCGUGAGGCGUGGACAAUAAGCACAGUAGCAGAAGGUAGUGUAGAACAGCAGUUAGAGGACAGCAUGAAUCCUCACCCCUACUACCCCAGUAACCCCCUGACCAACAGGUAUACCCAGCUUGCUCUACUUCUCGUCUCUCAGUCUCAAGGACAAAAUCUAUCAAGAGAGGAGGAGGAGAAGAGGAGAGUGCGAAGAGAAAGAAAUAAAGUAGCUGCAACAAAGUGCAGGGAGAAAAGGAAGGCGCACAGUGUCUAUGUUAGACACGAGUAUGGAUCUGUGACAGACACUACAAGGAGUUUAGAAGACCAGAUCUCAGCUCUAAAAAGAGAACGAGAUGAGUUAGUCAGGAUACUGGGUACCCACGAGUGUAGCAACCCCAGAUUGGAACAGACGGCUCAUGGGAGCCAGAUGUGUCAACAGCAACAGCAACAGCAGCAGCAGCAACAGCAGCAACAACAGCAGUCCCUUCAAUAUAACCAUGCACAAGCUCAGAUGAUGGGACCUUCGUUGACUGAAAUGUUCAUCAAAUCAGAACCUAGCCACCACUAUAACUAGCAAGACAUUAACUAUACUAGUUGGUUAUACUUGCAUGAUACAGUAUUAAACUUCUAGGAGCAGCAAAUGUUACUGUCCGAUGAUAUACAUUAUACAUUAAGCUAUACAUUAUACAUUAAGAUAUAAACUUCCAGAUGGACCCUUGAUAUACAAACUAUGAACUGUUUUUUUUGAAACACUUGAUUUUUUCAGCUUGAACCACAUCAUGAGGGGGUAAGCUACAUAACUUUAGUAGUAUCUUUAUAUCAUUGAGACCAUCUGAACAAAACUUCGUGAGGUAUGUUACCAUGAUAAGGUGAGGUAUGUUACCAUAACGUGAGGUAUGUGAGGUAUGUGAGGUAUGUCACCAUGACAACCAUUUUCACAAACUGCUACAUCCCACAGCUCCACGCAAAAAAGUUUGUCCUGAAAAUUUCGAAUUUUGUUUCGAAUUUCGAAAGAUUCUUUAACAAAUUGGGUUUUUUUCCAACAAAAUUACUUUUUUUCAGCGAAAAUCUUUUUUACCACAUGCCUAAAAAACAUAACAAAUAACAAAAUUAAAAUCCUUAUUAAUAUUUGAAUAAUUGUAAAUUGGUGCUAGCUAUCUCUACACGGGUUUCAAUCGAUUUAAUCGGUCAGGUCAGGUAGUAAUUUGCUUACAAUCUUAAUAUGGUUGGUAUUAAAUACCUUUUGAAUACAAUGAACUACUAAAAUGAAACGAUUGUUGUUUAGUAUUUGAUAUAUUUAUUUGAAUAAUGUUAAUGUCAGUUCAGCUUAAUUUGAGUUAUAAAUAUUAGUGGCUUGAAUUUACAGUUGGACACUGCAUAAAUUGCAGACCUUUUUGAGUUAUGUUCUACAAAAGCAUUCUGUUAAACAAAUUAUACUGAUUUAUUUUAAACUUCUGUGUUUUACAAUUUAAACGAUAGAGCGGAGAGCCUGAGCAUUGCAGGAUAAAAAGCAUUAAAUUUUAUGAUUAGCCUAAGGCUAAAAUCUCGUUUCUCUUAAAACAGCAUUAACCUAAAAUAAACAGAAUUAAAAAUAUAGUAAGUUUUCAUCAACAAAUAAACUGAAUAAUUUUCUUUGAGAUUUUGAUCAUUGUUAUAGGAGAUACCAGAAUAUAAUAAUAAAUUCCUAAUAUUCAAUUUCAAUAGAAACAGAACUAGUAUAGGUGUAAAAUUCAUAAUAUUAUGUUAUUUUUUGUGUUAUUUCAUUUUCAGUUUGAUUGAAAUUUCUGGUGUAUGUAAAUUAUUUUAAUUCUGUUGUGCCUGAACCUUGAACAAA